CCCCCUUCGGAGUACGCAGGGCUCGACUUAACAAUACAGUACAGCUAAUUUGGCGACGGGCCUGGCCCCACCGAUCACCCUGGUCCUUAUCUCAGGCAUAGAUAGGAUGCGACGCAGGGGCUCAAAGGCUCAGGGGGAGAGCACGGGUUGCCUUUGGAUCACCGGAAAUUAAGGAGAGGGGAAACAACGUGUAGAGCGAUUCUCCCUUCCAUGGAUCCUCUCUGACUGUGAAACAUGUGAAUGACUAGAACACUAAAGUUGGACUCAAAGAAAAGGGUCUCGCCAGUUCUGGCCGCGAGUUCACUCGCACAGGACGUGGGAACGCGCACAUACACACGCCCAAACCGAAGUCGGCGAUUCCUAGGAGCCGACUCGGAAAAGUCCCAUGCAAGUGUGGAGAGGCGUCUGCCCCACGUGUAUUGCGGCUCACUCCCUGGCAAGCGAGCAUAAGGGUUGCACGGGCUGCCGCUGCACCGGGACCGGGUCGAGCCGGAAAAGAAGACAAAACCUCCGUCCGGGGGUUGCGAGCAGGCGCCGUUCCGCCUGAGGCCCGGCAGGAGGCGCUGUGGCGCCAGGCGAAGGAGGAAGCCGCGCUGCCUGCUGGGAGCUGUCAGUGCCCUCUCCGGUGUGUUUAGGCGGCGGGGCUCUUCCGGCUGAGGACGGCCAGUUAACGCCUUUACAUGAAUUGCAAGCUGUUCUCUAGUAGCACUCCGCGGGAGGAUGAAUGCAGAGGAGCUGGAACUACUGGGUGACUCCAAGUACAGGAACUAUGUAGCCGCUGUUGACAAGGCUCUGAAAAGUUUUGAGUACUCUAGUGAGUGGGCUGACUUAAUUUCUUCACUGGGAAAGCUAAACAAGGUUCUCCAAAACAAUGCAAAGUACCAAGUUGUACCAAAAAAGUUGACGGUAGGCAAACGCCUUGCGCAAUGCCUUCAUCCUGCCUUGCCAGGUGGGGUGCACCGCAAGGCCCUUGAAACAUAUGAGAUUAUCUUUAAAAUCAUUGGGCCCAAGCGCCUUGCCAAAGACCUCUUCCUAUACAGUUCCGGGCUGUUUCCUCUUCUUGCCAAUGCUGCUAUGUCUGUUAAGCCAGCCUUACUCAGCCUGUAUGAGGUAUACUACCUGCCCUUGGGCAAAACAUUGAAACCAGGCCUGCAGGGGUUGUUAACUGGAAUACUUCCUGGUUUGGAAGAGGGGUCUGAGUAUUAUGAAAGAACAAACACCCUGUUGGAAAAAGUGGCUGCUGCAGUGGACCAGUCGGCUUUCUACAGUGCACUGUGGGGCAGUCUUCUGACUAGUCCAGCAGUUCGGUUGCCUGGAAUUACUUACGUCCUCUCCCACCUCAACAGGAAGCUUUCUAUGGAAGACCAGCUCUAUAUAAUAGGCAGCGACAUCGAACUGAUGGUAGAAGCAGUGAGCACUUCAGUGCAGGAUUCCAGUGUAUUAGUACAGAGGAGCACACUGGAUCUGAUACUUUUCUGUUUUCCAUUCCACAUGAGUCAGGCAACACGCCCAGAUAUGAUCAGAAUUCUGUCAGCAUCUCUACAUGUAGUUCUGCGCAGAGAUAUGUCACUCAAUAGAAGGCUUUAUGCCUGGCUUCUAGGUUUUGAUAACAAUGGUGCCAUUAUAGGGCCUAGAAGCACACGGCAUAGUAAUCCCGAAGAACAUGCUACAUACUACUUCAAUACGUUUUCUAAGGAUAUGCUAGUUCAGGCUAUGGUGGGAAUCUUGCAAGUCAACGGGCAUGGGGAGGAGAGCACAUUGAUGCAGGACCUGAAGCCUUUCCGAAUUCUUAUCAGUUUACUGGACAAACCUGAGCUGGGACCCGUAAUAUUGGAGGAUGUUCUAAUUGAAGUGUUUAGGACAUUAUAUACACAAUGCAAAGCUGAGUUGGAUCUUCAGGUGGAGUCUUCCUUCAGCAAGGACCAUGCACAGCUAAGCAGCAAAUUGAGGGAGAAUAAGAAAACAGCAGAGUUGAUUAAGACUGCCAAUCUUCUGUUUAAUUCCUUUGAGCCUUACUAUAUGUGGGAUUACAUUGCCCGUUGGUUUGAAGAAUGUUGCAGGAGGACAUUGCAUGCCCGACUGCAGCCUGGGCCCGGAGGUGGGAGUGAGCCCUCCGAGCUCCCCCUGACCAAUUUCUGCCUCCUUGUUGACUUCUUAUUGGAUAUUGUGUCUUUGCCUACUAGAAGUAUGAGGGUGCUUUGUCAGAUGCCACUGGUUUCUAUAGAAAAUCCCGGUGAUGUGUUUGAAGAUGGUGAAAAUCCUCCCAGCAGUCGGUCCUCUGAAAGUGGCUUUACGGAGUUUGUCCAGUACCAAGCAGAUACCAUGGAUGACAUUGACCGGAUGUUGAGCGGAGGUCCAGGAGCCAUCGGCAUCCCCAUCCUUGGCAGCGCCUCCUCGGAGACCGAGACGGCCUCCACAGUGGGUUCAGAAGAAACCCUUGUGCAGCCUUCUCCCAAGACGACCCAGGGGACAGGCUCUCGAAGUGGGAAGACAGUCACCAUUCAAAAGACUGCAAUGCAGUGCUGUUUGGAGUAUGUCCAGCAGUUUUUAACCAGAUUUAUCAACCUAUACAUCAUUCCUAGCCAUUCAGUUUCUCGGCCAGCGGCAGCAGAGCCUCAGGAGGAACUCCAUAAAGGGAAAGGGGACGCUGUCCAAUGUGCAAGAGAGUCUCAAGGAGACGGAGCUAAAGGCAAGAAAAUAACUAAGAAGACAUCGCCAAAAGAAUACCUUUCUUCCUUUAUUGCUGCGUGUCAGCUCUUCCUUGAAUGUUCCAGUUUUCCAGUUUACAUUGCAGAGGGAAACCACACCUCAGAAAUACAUUCCGAGAAGAUAGAUACUGAUUAUGAGCAAGAGCAGCCCCCUUUAUGGCUCCAGACUCUUAUGAGUGCUUGCAGACAUGCAAAUGAUUUUAGCAUUCAAGGUGUCACUAUUUCUUUAAUAAUGGACUUAGUUGGAUUGACUCAGUCAGUUGCAGUUGUCACCGGAGAGAAUCCUAAUAGUGUGGAAGCAGCACAACCUCUUAGUCCAAACCAGGGAAGAGUGGCUGUAGUCAUCAGACCUCCUCUGAAUCAAGGCAACCUCCGAUACAUGGCUGAAAAGACUGAUUUUUUCAAGCAUGUGGCCUUAACUCUGUGGGACCAGUUGGGUGAUGGCACACCUCAGCAUCACCAGAAGAGCGUGGAGCUUUUUUUCCAGUUGCACAAUCUCGUUCCAUCAUCUAGCAUUUGCGAGGAUGUUAUCAGUCAGCAGUUGACCCACAGAGACAAGAAAAUUAGGAUGGAAGCACAUUCAAAAUUUGCAGUCCUCUGGCAUCUUACCAGAGACCUCCAUAUUAACAAGUCCUCAUCCUAUGGACGUUCCUUUGACAGGUCCUUAUUUAUUAUGCUGGAUAGUCUUAACAGUUUAGAUGGUUGUACCUGGUCUGUUGGUCAGGCCUGGCUAAAUCAAGUUCUCCAGCGUCAUGACAUUGCAAGAGUCCUCGAACCUUUGCUUCUGCUGCUUCUCCAUCCAAAGACUCAGCGCAUUUCUGUCCAAAGGGUGCAAGCCGAGUGCUAUUGGAAUAAAUCCCCCUGUUAUCCUGAAGAAGGAAAUGAAAAGCUUUUUGUGCAGAAUUUUAACUGUGACAGUUCAUUUGCCCACAUGCCAGCAAGUCAAGAACCAGAUGUUUCAGCUAAAGAAAACAAUGAAAAACAGCUUGUCAUGGAUGAAAUGGAGAACUUUAGUCUUACAGUCAAUCCGUUGAGUGACAGGAUCUCCCUGUUAAGUACUAGCAGUGAAACUAUUCCUCUGGUUACCUCCGAUUUUGACCUUCCUGACCAUCAGAUAGAAAUAAUGCAGAGUUCCGACUCUGGCUGUUCCCAGUCAUCUGUUGGGGAUAACCUUAGCUAUGAGGUGGAGGUGGAAGGCCUGACAGCAUCAGAAAGUUCUCAGCAUUUGAGAGGAGAUUCAGCAGAUGAAAUAGUCCAACAGGUGGUCAGUGACUUGAUAUGCAAGGUGGUUAGUGGACUUGGUGAGGACACAGAACCAUCUACACAUUACCUGUACCCAGAGGAUACCUCAGCUAAAUUAAAUGCUAUGGAUCCCUGUGAAGAGGUGACUAAAAGUGAAGAUGCAAACAUUCAAGACAGCCAGAGCAGUUUGCUUAGCAAUGACAGUUCUCAGCUCUUGUCUGUCUCAACUGAGACGGGACUUGAAAGCAUUUCUAAUGAAAUCUCCAGGAACAAUUCCUCCCCUUGCAUCUCAGUGAGCCAGCAGGCUCUCAGUGACCCAAAUUCCACUUCAACAGAAGCAAAGUCCAGACAGAGGAGUCACAGCAGCAUCCAGUUCAGCUUCAAAGGGAAAUUUCCUGAGAAAAUGUCAGAGAAAGAAACUAUCGUGAAAGAGUCCAGUAAGCAGCCAGGAGCCAAGCCAAAAGUCAAAAUAGCCAAAAGGAAAGAUGAAGAAAAGAAGAAAGCACAGAGUGAGAAACUGAAACAAACCAGUGUUUUCUUUAGCGAUGGCCUUGACUUGGAAAACUGGUACAGCUGUGGAGAGGGGGAAAUCUCAGAAAUUGAGAGUGACACCGGAUCUCCGGGAAUGCGGAAAUCACCAAAUUUUAACAUACAUCCCUUGUACCAGCAUGUUUUGCUAUACCUUCAGGUGUAUGACUCCUCGAGAACUCUGUAUGCUUUUUCUGCAAUUAAAGCCAUCUUGAAAACAAACCCUUCUGCUUUUGUGAACGCCAUCUCCACCACCAGCGUCAACAAUGCCUACACACCCCAGCUCUCCCUUCUUCAGAAUCUCUUGGCCAGGCACCGCAUAUCGGUUAUGGGCAAAGACUUUUACAGCCACAUCCCAGUGGACUCAAAUCAUAAUUUCCGAAGCUCCAUGUAUAUAGAGAUUCUGAUUUCUUUGUGUCUCUACUACACGAGGAGCCACUAUCCAACCCACGUGAAAGUUUCCUCCCAAGACCUGAUAGGGAACCGCAACAUGCAGAUGAUGAGCAUUGAAAUCUUGACUCUUCUGUUUGCCGAGCUGGCAAAAGUGGUAGAAAGUUCCACCAAGGGCUUCCCCAGCUUCAUUUCAGACAUCCUGUCCAAAUGCAAAGUCCAGAAGGUGGUCCUGCACUGUCUGUUGUCUUCAAUUUUCAGUGCCCAGAAGUGGCACAGUGAGAAGGUUGCUGGGAAAAAUAUAGUCGCCAUUGAGGAAGGUUUCUCUGAAGACAGCCUUAUUAACUUUUCUGAAGACGAAUUCGACAACGGCAGCACCCUGCAGUCUCAGCUCUUGAAAGUCCUUCAGCGGCUCAUUGUCCUGGAGCACCGAGUCAUGACCGUACCUGAGGAGAACGAGGCAACCUUUGAGUAUGUCAUCGCUGACCUGGAACACAUCAACCCCCAGCAGCCAAUGACUUCCCUUCAGUAUUUACAUUCUCAACCAAUAACUUCCCAGGGCAUGUUUCUCUGUGCCGUGAUAAGAGCGUUACACCAGCACUGUGCCUGUAAAAUGCAUCCCCAGUGGAUAGGUCUAAUCACCGCGUCGCUGCCUUACAUGGGGAAAGUGCUCCAAAGGGUGGUGGUUUCCGUGACUCUCCAACUUUGCAGGAACCUGGAUAACCUGAUUCAGCAAUACAAAUACGAAACAGGAUUUUCUGACAGCAGGCCCCUUUGGAUGGCAUCGGUUACGCCACCAGAUAUGAUGCUUACUCUUUUGGAAGGCAUCACCACCAUCAUUCACUACUGCUUACUUGACCCAUCUGCCCAGUAUCAUCAGCUUCUGGUGAAUGUAGAUCAGAAGCACAUGUUGGAAGCUCGCAGUGGGAUCUUGUCGAUCCUUCAUAUGAUCAUGUCAUCCGUGACGCUUCUGUGGAGCAUCUUGUACCAGGCCGACUCUUCAGAGAAAACAACUGCUGCAGCUGCUGCGGCUGUUACCACAAUUAAUCUUGGAUCAACAAAGAACCUGAGGCAACAGAUUCUUGAAUUACUGGGACCAAUAUCAAUGAACCAUGGCGUUCAUUUUAUGGCAGCUAUUGCAUUUGUGUGGAAUGAGAGAAGACAGAGCAUACAUGUUUCAAGGACUAAGGUCAUUCCCACGGCCAGUGAAGAACAGCUCCUGCUCGUGGAGUUGGUUCGUUCUAUCAGUGUGAUGAGAACUGAGACCGUGAUCCAGACGGUGAAAGAGGUCUUGAAGCAACCCCCGGCCAUAGCCAAGGACAAGAAGCACCUUUCCCUGGAAGUCUGCAUGUUGCAGUUCUUUUUUGCAUACAUUCAGAGAAUCCCGGUGUCCAACAUAGUUGACAGCUGGGCUUCGCUAUUGCUUCUCUUGAAGGAUUCCAUACAACUUGGCCUCCCAGCGCCAGGGCAGUUUCUGAUUCUUGGAGUUUUAAACGAGUUCAUUAUGAAAAAUCCCAAUUUAGAUAAUAAGAAGGACCAGAGAGAUCUUCAGGAUGUAACUCACAAAAUAGUGGAUGCCAUUGGAGCCAUUGCUGGCUCGUCCCUGGAACAGACGACAUGGCUCAGGCGAAAUCUAGAGGUUAAGCCUUCCCCCAAGAUUGUGGUCGACGGGAACAACCUGGAGUCAGAUGUAGAAGGUUGUAUUUUUUUUUCUUCCUCCAAAAUGUCUAAUCAUUAACCAAUAUAAGUUGUUUAUUUUGAUUGCAGUUGUGGGACAGGGCUCCUUCAAACUCAGUAUAAAUUCAGUUAAGGACUGUAUAGAUUUACAUCUCUCUCUCUCUCUGUCUCUAGCUGGGUAAGGAAUCAUUUGUGUUAAUAGGUUCUGAGUAUGUGUGUGUGUGUGUGUGUGUGUGUGUGUGUGUGUAUGAGAGAGAGAGAGAGAGAGAGAGAGAGAACAGUGGGAUUUGGGGAAAGUUCCCUGCUGGAUUAUAGCCUUGGCUAGGAGGGUUUCCUUCACAGCCAACACCUUUACUCUUUUGCUCUUCCUUCUUCAGCACGUGUGGCUGUAGCUCAGAGCAGUUCCCUCAAUCUGUUUGCUAAUCGGGAUGUUGAGUUGGAGCAGCGGGCGAUGCUUCUCAAGAGGCUGGCCUUCGCUAUUUUUAGUAGUGAAGUGGACCAAUACCAGAAAUACCUUCCAGACAUACAAGAACGUCUGGUUGAAAGUCUCCGUCUGCCUCAGGUGCCCACCUUGCAUUCCCAAGUGUUCCUGUUUUUCCGGGUUUUGCUUUUAAGAAUGUCUCCACAGCACCUGACCUCUCUUUGGCCUACUAUGAUCACAGAAUUGGUCCAGGUAUUUUUAUUAAUGGAACAAGAACUCACAGCGGAUGAAGAUAUCUCAAGGACGUCAGGUCCAUCUGUUGCUGGCCUGGAAACCACAUAUACAGGAGGCAAUGGAUUCUCCACAUCCUACAACAGCCAGAGAUGGUUAAAUUUUUAUUUGUCAGCUUGUAAAUUUCUGGAUUUAGCCUUGGCGCUACCCUCUGAACAUCUUCCUCAGUUCCAGAUGUAUCGGUGGGCCUUCAUUCCAGAAGCUUCAGAUGAUUCGGGGUUAGAAGUGCGGAGACAAGGCACGCACCAGAGGGAAUUCAAACCGUAUGUGGUGCGAUUAGCAAAACUGCUACGGAAAAAAGCAAAGAAAAACCCAGAGGAAGACAGCUCAGGGAAAACCUUAAACUGGGAACCUGGCCACUUGCUCUUGACCAUCUGCGCCGUCCGCACUAUUGAGCAGCUUCUGCCUUUCUUCAACGUCUUGAGCCAGGUCUUUAACAGCAAAGUCACCAGCAGGAGCCUUGGCCAUUCAGGAAGCCCCAUGCUUUACCCAAACUCCUUCCCCAACAAGGACAUGAAAAUGGAGAACCAAAAAACAUUUGCCACAAAAGCAAGGCAAAAAAUUGAAGAGAUGGUAGAAAAAGACUUUCUGGAAGGGGUCAUAAAGACAUGAGGCAUAAAUGGCAAGAUGUUUACCUUACAUCCUGUUGACUUCAAAUGAAACCACUCCAUCCCUCCAGACUGUAUAGUUUCCUUUUUCAUACUUUGUAUGUAAUGUAUACUUCAGUAUGUAUUUAAUUUAAAUACCUGUAAAUAAGUUCUGGAUGUGGCCUGAAUCAAGUUUAAAUAUCACUGGCUCA